UGCAAAGGGGAAGAUGGCACCUUCAGCGUGUGCAGCUUGUCGAUCACAGCGCAAAAAAUGUUCGGAUGAAUGUUUGCUGGCUCCUCAUUUUCCUUCCGAUGACCUUCAAAAGUUUGCUCUCGUACAGAAAGUGUACGGAUUCAACAAUGUCCUGAAAAUGCUUAAAGAUGUUAAAGCUGAGCAAAGAGCAGAUGUAGUGAAGAGUUUGGUGUAUGAAGCGACUGCCAGAAUGGAGGACCCUGUUUAUGGGUGUACUAGAGAGAUCCAUCAACUGCAGAAGCGGAUUGCUGAGCAGGAGUCUAAGUUGGCAGCCACGCAAGCAGAGCUCCUGGAUAUGCGUUUUGAACAUGACAAUUUUGUUUCCCUUCCCACCAUUUGUGACGAGGUGGAUCAAAUGCUGUUUUGUGAACCGCUAUGGGAAGUGCAAAUUUAAGAGAAGAUUAUAUUGAAAUUUGUAUUAUGGAGGUCAGAGCAUUCCUCACUGUUUCAAAAACGCUUUAAUACUAUUUUACAUUUGUAUUAAAUAUAUAUUUUAAUAAACUUGGCUCGUUUAUAUUUUUAUAUGAAUGUCUCUGAUUUAUUUUUCUUACCGGGUGGGACGUCAUUAUUGAGGAUUCAGGCCGUCGCUCAAACCUGGGUGAGCCUUCUGCUUUGAUUAAAACCCCCAGAAUUUUGUCUUGCACCCAGCCAUCAGGCCUUGAUUGUUUCCACUUUUAUUGUACUGGGACAUACUUAAACUGUAUUUAAAUCAAACGGCAGAGUUAGAACAAAUGUGAUGAUGUUAAUUUUUCUUUUAAUUUCUCUAUUCUUUAUGCUUUUAUGGAUGUCCAUACCGUUUCA